GAGACAAUUGGAAUUCAAUAGUAGUUUGUAGUUUAUCCUUCUUUCGCCUCAAUUCUCUUCGUUCUAAGUCUCUUUCUUACGUUUAUCUAUCGAUUAUGACGACGCACGUUGCGUGAAGGUUCUCACCGGAGAAAUACACGUAAAAAUUGGUAUCAGAGCCUGGUUGCUAACUACAGGAUCCAAGAGAUGGUGCCUAAGAAAGGUACACAAACAUCAUGUGCAUAUGAACCAUCCGCGUUCGAAAAGGAAGCCUUCCAAGGCGUCCUUCAAGCCCAGCAAGCCGCGGUCAGACGACUCGACGAGGUCAUUCGAUGACAACAAGGGUUCGAGGAGGGGCUCUUGAAGGUGGAUAGUUCCGUGACGCAACUCCAGAUAUCCCUAGCGCAACAAAUUCAGGCGGCUAUCACGCAAAGCCAGGCGGCCAUGACGCAACAUCUUCAGGAGGCAAUGGCGCAACAGCUGGCAGCAAUUGCGUAGCAUCAGGCAGCCAUGAUGGAGGCGAUGCACAAGCUGAUCGCCAGCUCCACCAAGGAAAAGGCGACUUCGACUUUGUUUCCAAGGCAACAUUCGACUGCGGAUGUGUCGACGGAGGAGAAGCUCAAGGGUGUGAUGGCGGACAAGGAAUUCGCCAAGUCAAAUGAACUUAGCGGGGCAGGGCACGGAGCUGGCGACGGCGGUAUCAACAGAGACGAGGCGAACAACGAAGGAUCGAUCGUCGUGAUCGGUCUGGAAUGGAGAGCUCUCGCAAUCAACGGCGAAGCAGCCGACGAAGCGAAGGCAACGGAGCAGGGGAGCAAAAGGAUUCGCGAGUUUUGUUUCCAUCGGGCUGCACCGACAGCGACAUGAGUCCGGUGAGUUUCGCACUGGGGCUUGCGGAGGGGGAGUUCUCGACAACUCUUAUGGUCCACCAGCGGCCUGAAAGCGGAGCGGGGUUGAUGGAGCGCAAACGGUAAGACCGGAGCAGGCGACCCAAGCGGGCCGAGCUGGCCUGGUGGGCCGGGCGGAUUGGGUGAACCUAGCGGGCUGGGUUGGUCGGGCGGGUCAGGAGCGUCUAGUGGGCCGGGUUGGCAGAACGGGUAGGGUUGGCCGAGCGAGCAAGAGGACUGCGGUGUGUAUGGGUCAACUUGAGGGAAGGGAUCGAUCCGGUUCAACGAGAAAACCGGUCCAUUUCAACAUAAGUUGACUCGAUUGGAGUUUCUAAAAUACAAUAGAGGCAAGGAUCCAUCUGAAUGGUUCGCAUGAGUGGAGCAGUUCUUCAAAUUUCAGGAAACUUCAAAAGAACAUAAGGUGCUCUUGGCGUCUUAUCACAUGGAGGGUGACGCCAACCAAUGGUGGCAAUGGUUGGAUUGAGCUUACACGACAUCGAGGUUAACCAUGACAUGGCUCCAGUUUCGGGAGGAGUUAUGGGUGAGGUUUGGGCCGUCCGAUAACAUCUCUUUCCACGAGGCGCUCACUAAAAUUGAACAAAUUGGUUCCUUGAGCGACUGUCUAUUGACUUUUGAGAAAUUGGGUAACCGAUGCUUUGAGGGAAUUGAAGAGACGUUAGUGGGCUCAAACCAAAAAUAUUUGACACAACCCACAUGUUCAAACCAGAGACUGUACGAGAGGCAAUACGACUUGUUAAGGUCAAAAACGAGGAACUGGCGAAGCAUAGGGGAGUGCAGAGGAAUCCACCACGAGCGCCAAUUGACGCCGUGACAGAGCCGCCGCCACCACCGCCGCGAUUUGCACCACCUCACAACCCAAAUGCUUGAAGGAUGUCGCCAAACGAGGUAGCACGUUGCCGCAAGGGCUUUGCUUCCAUUGCGACGAGCGUUUCACGAUUGGCCAUUGUGGUGCCAAUUAAAACGUGCUCCUAAUG